CGCCGGUAGAUCACCUCUAUACCAAAAUAACAGUGCUCCUGCCUCCUGUCCUGUGACACAUUUGUGUCUGUCAGAGCUGAGCCGUCCAGUAUUCAGAGGAGAGUGGAGCUCUUGCAGGGAGACACGGGCACUCAACAACGAACCAGAAGGCUGGCUGCAAUUUUGUCGACGAGUUUAUUUUUGAGAUAUGAGUCAGCGUAACACAACGUUCAAGCUUGCCAGCUAGUGGUGUGUGAUCUGGAGGGAGAGAUAAGGACGGCAGAGAACAUGGCGCUGUCAGACGGCUUGUUGCUGCAGGUCAACAAUGGAGAGCAGUGGACUAACCGCUGGAAACAUCCCAACGAUGACUCGGAUCGCAGCACCAGCCCCUCUGUCCUGCGCUGCGUCGCCAGCACGUGGAAGGAGGGCCUGCUGAGCAGAAAGAGGCCCUUUGUGGGCCGCUGCUGUCACUCCUGCACUCCACAGAGCUGGGAGAAACUGUUCAACCCCAGUAUUCCAUCUCUGGGACUGCGCAAUGUCAUCUUCAUUAAUGAGACCCACACCAGGCAGCGGGGCUGGCUGGCGCGCAGGCUGAGUUAUGUGCUGUUUGUCAUGGAGAGAGAUGUCAACAAGGACAUGUUCACCAGGAACGUAGUGGACAACGUGCUCAACAACAGCAGGGUGGAGAGUGCGAUUGCGAAUGUAGCCGCGGAUUUGGACGCCGCAGGAACACAACCUGGCCAGGAGCACAAAGCGGUCCGAAAAGUGAAGCAGAAAGCCCGGGCCUUCCUUCAGGAGAUGGUGGCCAACGUUUCACCGGCCUUCAUCAGGCUGACAGGCUGGGUCCUCCUGAGGCUCUUUAAUGGUUUCUUCUGGAGCAUCCAGAUCCACAAGGGUCAGCUGGAAAUGGUCAAAAAAGCUGCGACAGAGCAGAAUGUGCCCAUGGUCUUCCUUCCCGUUCACAAAUCCCACAUCGACUACUUGCUCAUCACGUUGAUCCUGUUCUGUCACAACAUCAAAGCCCCUCACAUCGCAGCUGGGAACAACCUUAGCAUCCCUAUCCUCAGCACUCUAAUCCGAAAACUUGGAGGAUUCUUCAUACGACGGAGAAUGGACGAGACGGGAGAUAAGAAAGACGUUUUGUACAGAUCACUCUUACACGCAUACACGGAGGAGUUGUUGCGUCAGCAGCAGUUUCUGGAGAUCUACCUGGAGGGCACGCGCUCCCGCAGCGGGAAGCCGUCUACAGCGCGCGCGGGCAUGCUGUCCAUCGUGGUAGACACAAUGUGGACCGGGUCGAUCCCAGACGUGCUGGUGGUGCCAGUUGGCAUCUCUUAUGAUCGUAUUCUUGAGGGCAACUAUAAUAGCGAGCAGCUGGGCAAGCCUAAGAAGAAUGAGAGUUUGUGGGGAAUUGCAUGUGGAGUGUUUAGGAUGCUGAGGAAGAACUACGGUUGUGUUCGAGUUGACUUCAAUCAGCCCUUCUCCUUAAAGGAGUACCUGGAUUCCCAGAGAAACCGCCAUAUUCCUCCAGCAGUGUCUAUGGAGCACACCUUGAUGCCCAUCAUCAUUUCGGCACAACCUGAUGCCCAGCUGUUUGAGGGGCAGGAGGAGGAGCAGCUGAACAGAGAGAUGCCAGAGGACAUCAUGAAGCGCCAACUUAUAAACAACCUGGCCAAGCACGUCCUCUUCACGGCUAAUAAGUCAUCAGCGAUCAUGUCCACCCACAUUAUAGCCUGUCUCCUGCUGUACAGACACAGACAGGGGGUGGUGCUGUCCAAGUUGGUGGAAGACUUCUUCAACAUGAAGGAGGAGAUCCUGUCACGGGACUUUGAUCUGGGCUUCUCGGGGAACUCUGAGGAUGUUGUGGUGCGUGCCCUCCACCUGCUGGGAAACUGCGUCAACGUGACCAGCAGCGCUAACCGCAACGGAGAGUUCACCAUCGCGCCGAGCCAGACUGUGCCAGCGCUUUUCGAGCUCAACUUCUACAGCAACGGCCUUUUCCAUGUCUUCAUUUCUGAUGCAAUCAUCGCCUGCAGCAUCCUGUCCCUGCAGCGAGAGCUGGUGGCUGAAUCAGAGUCUGACCACCCCCCCGAGGGUCUCAGCAGCCUCCCCCUCAGUCAGGAGAGACUCAUCCGAAAGGCCGCCGGGCUCUCUCACUUCCUUGUCAAUGAAGUGACACUGGCACCACCCUGUCAGACUAUUUACCAGGUUUUCCAUGACGCAGUAGCGCGGCUCAUCCAAUAUGGAGUUCUCUACGUAGCAGAGGAGGACCAGGAGGAACUGAGUCCCAGCCCCACAGAGGAACCUUGGCCCAAAAAGUUCCCAGAGCCCCUUUCCUGGAGAAGUGACGAGGAGGAUGAGGACAGUGACUUUGGAGAGGAGCAGAGAGAUCGCUAUCUAAAGGUGAGCGUUUCCGCAGAGCAUCAGGAGUUCUUCGUCUUCCUACAGCGACUCGUCAGCCCCGUGCUGGAGGCCUACAGCGGCGCCGCCAUCUUUGUCCACAGUCUGAGUCAGCCCAUGGCCGAGUCCGACUACACCCAGCGGCUCUUCAGAUACCUGCUCACACGCACAGAGAGAGGAGUGGCUGCUUAUGGUGAAAGUGCAACUCAUUACCUGGUUAAGAACACAGUGAGGACAUUCAAAGAGCUUGGGGUCCUGAAGCAGAGAAAAGAGAACCAGGUGACGACUCUGGAGCUGAGCAGCACCUUUCUACCUCAGGCCAAUCGGAACAAACUACUGCAGUACAUCUUGGGUUUCACCCUGCUGUGACCGACACACCUAUCAGCCCAGGCUCCUUCCAAUAAAGGGCUUCUACUGGUUACUUCUAAACAAUCCCAGGUGCUACUCUGUGGAAAGCUUUACCAGGAAGUGCCUUCACGUAACAGCCGCUAACUGUUAGCUGUUAGCCGGAAGAGACUUAAAGCCAGUCUUCCCUUUUUGUUCCAGUCUAAGACUUAGAACUGUGCAGCUGAUAAAACAACAUGUAUUGUUCUUCGAAGAGGGACCAUCCUCUCUUUGUGAACUUUACCAGUGAAGUCAUGAGGUUUUAAAAUGAUCAACAUUUUAAACUAUCACAAAAUAUACUUAAGCAGGUUAGAAAAUAAGAGUUUUACAGCAAUCCGAACAAAGCAAGCUGCCUUUCAUCUAUUCAAGUGAACAAGACAAAUAUGCAUAGAAAAUAUUGGUGAACAUAACCAACAACAAAGGCAUUUUCAUGUAAACUAUGCUUGUUUGUAAGACUGCUGUUUUCAUUUCAGUGCACUCUACUAUCAUACCGAAACAACUGGUCAAAAAAUCUGAUGAAAGGCUAAUUUUGAAAACAAAUCUCUGUACAUAUGCCACGAGAACAAUGGUUCUUGUUCGCAGUGCAUUUAUAAAGACGCACUCCGGUGUCAAUUAAAUAAUAUAGGAACAUUAGAUAGAUUCGUCCCUGCAAAAUGCGUACACAUUUUGAUUUGCAACACUAAAUGUCCAAUACUAAUCCUCCUUAUAGACGGCUUAGGUCAGUUUUAAUACUGGUUUAAAAUAUAGGCAGCAAAUCAGAUAAGCCGUGCAUUAAUAUCUACGUGGCGAAGUCAUAAGUCCGGUGCAGCUAAAAUCACAAACAUCUACAGUUAAGUGCAUUCAAACCACUAAUAUCUAAGUGCUUUCAGUUUCACUUUUCUUCAUGGGGUUUGAUGAGAAGUGAUCUAUGUGUUUUUGUAACACUUUGUUCACGUGUCAAUGAAUGUUACAUAGCACAGCACUUCAAAAACCCGUAAUACCAGCCAUCACAUCCCGUUUAUUUUCAAAUGCUACUGUAUGAGCUCAGAAACUCUUUGGUCAUGUCUUUCAGGGAAAGCAGAGAUUUGGGAUAACCACCAUUUUUUCCCUGUAUUAUAAACACAUUGUAUGAAGUCUGUUAAAGCAUCACUGCUGAGAGCAAUUCUGCUGACUCGUUGGGCAUUCGCAAAACAAAGGAACUACAUAGUGAGGUACAAAUAAGUGGUACAUAUCCAGUGUGUAGUCCCUUCAAAGGUCUCUUUAAGACAGUGUCUCUGUUCUAGGAUGUAGAGGACGUCUUUAUCCUUUGUUUACUUUGAAAUGCAGAAUACUGAAAAUGAAAUAAUUUUCCAUAACUGUCAGGCUAAUCUAUUCUAACUUUGUAGUGGUUUAAUGGUACACCAAGGAGAUCAAUAUAAUUUCAUUUCUUUCUUUUCGGACGUGUCAAAAUAAAUGGGGUCAGCCAGUUUGUGAAAAAUAACUCUUAAAAAAGAUAAAAACUGAAAACCUGAAAGUGAAACCUCUCUGCAUUGAGCAGCCGAACAUGUACCAGCUUUUAACUUUGACUGUAGGAUCAACAGCACUCAGUAAUUAGUUCUCGUCUUACAUGUGUAAUUCUUUGUCUGACGGCAUUUUGUUUUGAAUAUAAACGUACAUCUAUGUUAAUAGUGGUGUAUGAGUGCACAAAACUGAAAAAGGAGGAGUGUGUGUGUGUGGAAAGGGCAGAGUAAGUUUGAUGAAUUUCCUGGACUACUAGAGGAGACGUCUACUAUUUUUCUUUGUCAGAUUGAUAAUGUGAAGACAUUGUGAAUGUUAGAAAUUGACAUUCUUCAUCGUCAGGGCAAUAAAAAAGAAUGGGAGUCGGGUAUGUGAUAUUUAAAUGAAUAUUUAUACGGAAAGAUUUGUUGACAGUGAUAAACAACACUGCUUGUUACAAUUAACUUAAAUGUUUUUCUGUCAACAUAUUGCUUUAUUUCAUAUUAUAAACCUGCAUUUUUGUCCAGUUUUUCAAAUCUCUGUACGAAAUAUCCAAGAAAUGGAAACCUAUGGAGGAUUGGUGACCGCCACCCGUAGCAUGUGAAAGAAAAGAAAAGUAUGUUAUGUUAAUGAGAAAACGAUCAGAGAGAUUUGACAUUCAAAGCAUUUCUGAGCCCACAAUCUGUUUAAAGUCCCCCGCGCUGAGGGACCCCCCCCCCCCCCCCCUGCCGCCAAGAUGAAACCACUCUGUACUGCAUGUUUCCUCUGGUCGCCUUUAAUCAUCGACAUUUCAAUGUGAACUCUACUUAACCUGAGAAUUGUAUUUUACAGCCUAGUGUGUGAAUUAUGUUUCAGAGAAAGAUAGUUGUUUGUUUAGGAGAUGAAGUUCAAUUUGUUACCUCUUGAAUGUAUCUCAUCUGUCCCCCUGAAAAAGGUCAAUGUGAUGUGGUGAAGUCCUCACUGGAGUCGGUACAGACAUGAUUUUUAUGAACUGCUCACGGGGGGGUUAUUGUUGAGACUCGUUGCUACUGAAGCUGCAUUAACAACAUCCCUCUGCAACUAUGUAACUAGGAUUAAAGCAAAUGCCUGUGUCUGGGGAGCAGGUGCCUUUUUAAUGCACUGUAGUGUUCUUCGGUUUGUUUGUUCUGUUUUUGUGCAUGUUAACUUAGAUUUGUGUGUGGGAAUCCAAAAGAACACUGUAGAUUGUAAAUUAAGAAAAACAAUAACACGAGCAGAGAACUUGUGGUUACUAUAAGAAGAAUCACCAGCUACUAAAAAAACAAAAAGUGUCACUUUUUUUGCUUUCUCAGAGCAAGCACAAUUGGCAUUAUUAGGUUAUGUUUUUAAAUAAAUUAAUCAUAGAUUAACAAUG